CCCUCUCCCCCCCCUUCCAUUCACCGAUACAUUACUUGGAAUCCAUCAGUCCAUCAUUCAUCGUCGACAACCGGCCAUCCCAUCCAGAAAAGCAUUAAAUAUUUUCUGAACCGCAUUCGGCCGUGCCUUGUCUCGUCUCGUCCACAACCACAACCACAUCCAUCACACCACGUUACAGCAGUUCUUGCAUUAGUCACCAAAUCGAUACCCUUUUCUGCCUUCGCCGCCCAGCCUCGAGCGCGCCCUUGACCGAGAAACACACUCGACGCAACCACCCAUCAUCACAUAAAACACAAUGGCUUUGAAGCGCAUCAACAAGGAACUCACAGACCUGGGCCGUGACCCUCCGUCAUCAUGCUCCGCCGGUCCCGUUGGUGAAGAUUUGUUCCACUGGCAAGCAACUAUCAUGGGUCCCAGCGACUCCCCGUACUCUGGAGGUGUCUUCUUUCUGGCCAUCCACUUCCCCACAGACUACCCCUUCAAGCCCCCGAAGGUCAACUUCACCACCCGCAUCUAUCACCCCAAUAUCAACUCAAACGGUAGCAUCUGCUUGGAUAUCCUGCGUGAUCAAUGGAGCCCGGCUCUGACCAUUAGCAAAGUUCUGCUCUCCAUCUGCUCCAUGCUCACAGACCCCAACCCCGACGACCCGCUGGUGCCGGAGAUUGCACACGUCUACAAGACAGAUCGCCCGAGAUACGAGGCAACAGCUCGGGAGUGGACUCGCAAAUACGCCAUUUAAUCACUUGGAGGGCGCAGGUCGGACGUAAUGCAUGGCCAGUUGCCAGUGGGUGAAGGCAAGGAAUGAGAGGACUGGAGAUAUCACUCAGGUUGGCAGGAGCACAAUCGUCGACUAGUACUCAGUUUCACCAAAUGAUUCUACGUUGGCGUCCUCAUCGAUAAACAUUACUUGCCCUGGUAUUGGGUUGUCUCCUUUGUUCAGAACAGUUGCGCAUGACUUCGGAGGAUUGGCAUGGUUUCGGAUCAUGGCUGCUUUGCUUAUUACGUAGAGGCUGGGCAGCCAGAACAACAAUUUGUGAGAAACAUUACACACGA